CUUAUCGCUGUGUUGUCCUGGAAUUAUGGACGAGAAGAAAUUGAGUGGAACUCGAACUCCUACCACAACUCACAAUCACAAUCGAGAGUGAGCCUCUAGCCAUUAAUUUUCUUGUUCUUAUUCUUCAUUCUCGAAAAAGCCUCGUUUCCAUGUGCCCCCAACCCCACUUCUAACUGCACCUGCCAUGGCACAUCAAGCUGACAAAACUACUGAGGUUCCUCUCCUGGAAAGCUCUUGCCCCUCAGGAACCGCCUCCACCUUCCAAACCCUCGGCAACAUCGUCGUGUCAAUCGUCGGCACCGGCGUUUUAGGCCUCCCGUUUGCUUUCAAAGUGGCUGGCUGGGCUGCGGGAUCUAUUGGUGUCAUUAUUGCUGGGCUCUCCACUUAUUACUGCAUGCUUCUGCUGGUUCAAUGCAGAAACAAAUUAGCAUCAGAAGAAGAAUCAACGGAGGCAAAAACAUAUGGAGAUAUGGGAUUCAAAUGCAUGGGAAAAACAGGGAGAUAUUUAACUGAGUUCUUGAUUUUCAUUUCCCAAUGUGGAGGUGCUGUUGCAUACUUACUCUUCAUCGGCCAGAACCUUUCAUCAAUAUUCAAAAGCCACAAUUUCACAUCCUCCUCCUUCAUAUUCCUAGUAAUCCCUCUUCAGAUUGUACUCUCAUGGAUCAAUUCUCUGUCAUCUCUUUCCCCUUUCAGUAUUUUCGCGGAUAUCUGCAAUUUGUUAGCCAUGGCUCUAGUGGUGAAACAAGAUGUGCAAAUGAUUGCCGGGGAAGAUUUUUCUUUUGGUGACAGGGAAGCCAUCACUUCUCAUAUUAGAGGGCUGCCGUUUGCUGGAGGCAUGGCAGUGUUUUGUUUUGAAGGGUUUGGGAUGACUCUGGCUCUAGAGUCAUCAAUGAAAGAGAGAGGCAGAUUUCAACUGUUGGCUCAAGCUUUCACUGGGAUUACACUUGUGUAUGUAAUUUUUGGCUAUUUUGGUUACAUGGCUUAUGGUGAUCAGACUAAGGAUAUUGUCACUCUCAAUCUGCCCCACAAUUGGUUUUCCAUUGCAGUCCAGAUGGGGUUGUGCUUGGGGCUGAUAUUCACAUUCCCAAUCAUGGUACAUCCAGUUCAUGAGAUAGUAGAACAGAAGUUGAAGAAAGUCUCAUGGUUCCAGAAGCUGCCCAGAAAUGGUUCUGAGAAUUCAAUGACAAAAUCAGGAAAAUUUUGCUUUUACAUGAGCAGGGCAAUUUUGGUUUUAGGGUUGGCAACAUUGGCCUCAUUUGUGCCUGGAUUUGCAGUUUUUGUGUCACUUAUGGGAAGCACUGUUAGUGCCCUAAUCUCUUUUGUUUUGCCUGCCACAUUUCACCUGAAAUUGUUAGGUUCAUCCUUGAGUUUCUGGCAAAGGGCUUUGGAUCUUUUCAUAUUAUCCUUUGGUUUGGUUUUUGCUGUUUACGGAACAUGUAAUUCCAUUGUGGGAGUAUGAAAGAAUUUUAGUUAUAAUUAUGAGUAAUGACAAUUAAAAUUAACAUAAUA